GGGAAGCGCUGUAGCGGCAACUCGGAGCUCGAGAUAGCAAUGAAGAGAAGCGGCGAGCGACGACGGCACCGACGGAGCGCGCGUGUUCUCUGCCAGUAGGCUUGGAGGGGAGCUGUGGAACCAGGCGGCGCCUUCUGCACGGGCUUGUCACUGCGGAGCCCCCUCUUGGAGACCCCACCCCAGCUCAAUCUCUCCCAGCUGCGGAGCUGCGGCUGAUCUUUGCUCCCAGCGGCUCCAUGGCCGCUCCGGCUUUGCGGAUCCUGUUGCUGUCCUCCUGGGCGCUUCUUUUGCUGCUGGCUGCGCUGCUCCACUCCGCCUCCCCAGCGGCACCAGAGAAGGAAGUGCCAAACAGACCUUUGAGAACACGCAUCCGAUCAUCACCUGACAGGUCAUCUCUUCGGUGGAGGCCACCCUAUUCUUCAGGUCUAAGGAGCCCUCGCAGAUAUCCAGGUUACCUCUCGGGAUAUGGAGAAAGCAGCAGAAAAAUAAGUUAUAAACCACUGCCAAAAGAAGAACAAGGCCAUGAGAUUAAAAAAAUUGCAUCUGAAUCAGUGUAUGUGGUUUCACUGCAGUCAAGGAACUCCCAAGGACAGAGUCAAUCUGCACAUCGGACUGCUUUAACCAAGAGGAAAGCCACAGAGGAGGAUGAGGUGGAGGAAGCAAAAGACAUCACUGUUCGAGUUAUGUCAUCCCAGUCAGUGCUUGUUACGUGGACAGAUCCCAUCUCUGAGAAACAGAAGAAACCUGUUACCUCUAGGCAGUACAAUGUCCGUUAUCGAGAAAAAGGGGAAUCAGCAAGGUGGGACUAUAAACAAGUACCCAACAGACGGGUGUUGGUGGAUAAACUGAUUCCAGACACCAUGUAUGAAUUUGCAGUCCGAAUUUCGCAGGGAGGAAGGGAAGGCAGGUGGAGUGCCUCUGUUUACCAAAGAACUCCAGAAGCUGCUCCUACGAGCGCACCAGAAAACUUGGACGUUGUGCCAAUAAGAGGCAAAGCCACAUCUGUUACUGCAACCUGGGAUGAUCUUUCAGAGAGUGAAGGAAAAGUGAAAGAAUACAUUCUCUCAUACGCCCCUGCUCUCAAGCCCUUUGGAGCAAAGUCCAUUACCUACCCGGGAGACACUACUUCUGCCAUAGUGGAUGGUCUGCAGCCUGGGGAGCGCUAUAUUUUCAAAAUUCGUGCAGCAAACAGGAGGGGACAGGGCCCUCAGUCUAAAGCCUUCAGUGUUGUUUUGCCAGCAACCGAUACAAAUGAACCAACAGUUGAUCAACAAACAGAUGUCAAGGAGGAGUUAGAGCCUAAAACAUCUGGGAAUACUGUGCCUUCUUCUCCUUUUCAAACCUCUUCUGCCUUGUCUCAAAAGCUCUCACCCUCUAAGCACGCUUCUGGUCAUCCCUCCAGUUUUCCUGGUGGUAGAGAGUCAAAAAGUUCUGUUUCUGACCUCAAAAAUAAACUUUUAGCUGGUAGUGGCAUCUCCCCGAAACCCCAGCCAUCUUCUAAAAUGGUCACAGAGCUGAAAACUGAUUCUGACAACACAGAAGAUACUGGUGACCACAAUUCCUCCAAUGAAACACCAAUGACACAGCACCAAACUCAGGAUAUUAAGAGCAGUGUUAGGCCACACUCACCUGCUAAACCUUCACACUCUGUCAUUUCCUCAGGAAGAACAUCACUUAGAUCACGUACACCAGUAAAGAAUGGUCAGACAAGUACUGAUAAGCAUAGGCCAUCCUCCUCCUCUUCCUCCUUGCCACACACACCUUCAUCAGCAUCUUCUACAACUAAACAUACAAAUGAUAAAAAAAAGAGUCUAGAAGAAGACCCCUCUAAUCUUCCUUCUUCCCCCAAAGUAACUUUAGGUAAUCUGCCAGUUGAAAGUGAUGAUCAAGUUGACAGUAGAGAGGAAAAGCCAGUGAUGUUUCCUAAAUCUUCUGAAGAUCCCCGUUUGAUUUUACGUUCAAAUCAGCAGCCUUCUGCAUCUCGGAAGGUAGUUCAGAGUCAUCCUACCAAAUUGCUCACCCCUUCUAUAUCAACCAAGUCUUCUUCAUCCACAGCCUCACAUUCUCAAAGUCAUUCUCGCCAUCCAUCUUAUAAACUAGCUCCCUCUGAUACCAGUGAUACACCUGACAAUUAUAAGAGUAGAGAAGCAGGAAAAAAAGAGCAAAGACCAAAUUCCAGGCCUUCUGCUUCUCAGGAUAGUUCAUCUCCAUCUGUGCAAACGAAGCCUCUCUUGCAUACCAAUCGCCAUGGGUUAAGAGAUCCCAGAGUAGUCACCUCUGCUGUUUCUGCUGCUGCCACUCAUACUUUACCUCAUUCACAUGAUUCAUCUGCUGCUAAAGAGAAGCCUGCUGGAAGACAUGAUUCUGAUGAUAAUGAUCGUGAAAACAGUGCAAGAGAAGAUGAAGAGAACAGGCAAAGACCAUCAUCUUCUAGAGUUAAUUCUAGGCCUUCUUCAGGUCAGCCUGUAUCUGAACGUUUUAAUUUGUUCAAAUACAGAUCAGCUCUUUCUGCCAACAGAUUUGCAAACAAAUCCAAUAGUAUCCACAAUAUUAGGAUACCACCAUCUAAAGCCCCAUCUUCCACACAGUCUCUAAAGGUUCAUCCUCAGACCAGUUCUCAUUUAAUGUCAAGUAGCAGUCACAAGUCUAAUUCAAAUACUGAUAAAGAUAAAGAACUGGAGGGUGAAGAUGAAAGUCCUCUACCACCAACACGUCCCCAUGGUUAUUCACUAUCCUUUUCUAGACAGUCUUCUUCAUUAGAUUAUCCCAGAAGGAGGAGUUCUCUGGCUGAAUCUAGGAAUCCUCACAGAGUUGCAUCCACUGACAAAUCUAAUCUCACAAACACACACGAAGGAAGCUUUAGUAAGGAACGGGAAGACGCUACUACAAAAACAGAUCUUUCACUUAAAGCUCCAAACUCUGACUCACAGCCUUCAGUAUCUGGCCAAUCUCCCUCAUUAAGCAGAACAAACCAGCGCUCCAGUUCUAGUUCUCAUCAUUUAACAAAUGGUCAGAGUUCAAGGUCCAGAAGCUCAUCCUUAUCCACUGAUUCUGUAGCAAGAACACAUGUGGAAAAGUCAUCUCCUUUACGGUCUCCUGCUUCCAAAUAUCAACCUGAUGAUCUAGAUAGCAAAGAUGCAACUCCUAAGUCAAAACAAACUUCACCUUUGUCCAAAAAUCCAAAAAUAGGAAGUUCUCAUGCAUCACCACGUAAAACUCUCCGUUCAGAAACCAGCCAUUCCCAAAAGGCUGAUCAGUUACAACAUCAACCCUCAUUAAAUUCAGGAAGCUACCUCACAAUCACAUCCCUCCAAAGUAAUGAAAAAUUAGAGGAUAAUGAACAUUUGGAGGAAAACUAUUACCAAGAGGCAGGUGAUACAGAGGAACAGAGGAGUUCUCAUUCAGAACCAGCACCUGCCAAAGAUAUCUCUACACCCAGGAGACCAAAAACAUCUUUGUCUAAGGGAAGUAGUGGUACUCUUUCAAAGCAUUCUGAUUCUCAGACAAGAAAAUCUGGUGAAAAACCUCCCACUCGUCAUGAUUCUUUAACCUCCUCCAGGGGAUUAAGUUUGUCACCAGGAAAACAUCUUGGGUCAAAGAUUAUUUCUUCUAGUGAAGAUACAACUGAUGCAUAUAAAUUGCCUGCAUCUUCCCAUCAAUCUAGAAAUGUUCAGCCAGUAUCUACCUCUGUCAGGGACACAGUCCGAGAGCAUCACUACAACAGAGAAACGUCUUUAUUUUCAAAAUCAUCCUCCACUUCUCUGAGACAAACUCAUCCUUCAGUGCCUCAUUAUCCAUCUGGAUCCAGAGUCCCUAGUCGGACAGCAUCCCAAACUGAAAGAAAGCAUGGACUCUUCCAACCAGUUCCAACAAAAGAUGAACUUUCUUCCUCUAAAGUGCAGCAGUCACUUUCAGACAAUGAGGAUGAUUAUGAAGAUUAUGAUCAGUCAGAAAGACAGGAACAUCCCACCUCAUCUUCAGCAGUAACAAGGUCAUCUUCCUCCAUUUCUAGAGGCAGUAAAAACCUCAAUAACAACGUUGCUGGUGACAAAAGUAAAUCACCAAGUUCUGCUUUACCUCAUAAAAUAAGAUUUACUGGUGCAAAAGAAUACAAACAAAAAGAGGAGGAGGUGGGGGAGGGGGAGGAGCAGGAACACCCCACACCCAGAACAUCAAAGACUGCACUGCUGGAUAGAUCUACUUCUGUAACUUCCAGAUCUUCUCAAUCUCCUAACAGAUUGAAUACUGUGCCGAAAGUAAGCUCGGCUUUGCCACAUUCCUCUGGAUCUGCUUCCGUCUCUUCCCAGCUUCAUCUCACUCACUCUGCUUAUCCAACACAUUCUUCAUCAUCUCCCUCAGAGCCCCCCAGUCAGCGAGUACAGAACUCAAGAUUAUUAAAACCAUCUCAACGACAGCAAGCUAGGUUUCCUCAUAGACAAGGUAACGGCGGCAGACCCAAUCUAACAUCAAAACCAGAUCUAAAUAAUAAAAUAACACCUGGUAAUAAUGGAAAACGCAAUGGACAGAGAGUAAUAAAUGGUCCACAAGGAAUAAAGUGGAUUGUAGAUCUUGACCGGGGGCUGGUGCUGAAUGUUGAAGGAAGGUACCUCCAAGAUUCACAAGGGAAGCCUCUUAGAGUUAAAUUAGGAGGAGAUGGGCGUACUAUUGUUGAUUCUAAGGGAGCUCCAGUGGUCAGUCCUGAUGGCCUGCCUUUGUUUGGACAUGGAAGAUUUAGCAAACCUGUAGCAAAUGCACAAGAUAAACCAAUAAUAAGCCUUGGAGGAAAGCCACUGAUAGGUCUUGAAAUGGUUAAAAGAACAACCACUCCUUCUACAACAACAACUAUCAUCACCACCACCACUACUGCUGCUACUACCACUCCUGCACCAACAACUACUGAGCCACCAACAGAAAAACCAUUGCCUACCUGUCCCCCAGGCACCUAUGCAGACUAUGAUGAAAUGGGAAAUCUUCUACUGGGCCUUGAUGGUCUGCCUGAAUGCAAUUCCGAAGAUACAUUCUCAGGGUUUGAUGCAGAUGUGAGAACAACUACAGAGUCUUACGUGAUAUACGAUGAAGAUUAUGAGUUUUUUGAGACUACUUUGCCUCCCUCCACUACUACUACUACUACUACUACUACCACCACCACUACCACGGAAGCACAGUCUGAAAUCACCUUUCCUGAGUUUAGUGUUGCUGGCUCCGAUCCUCUGUCAGAAUAUGAUGAUGCUGGAAAGAAACGAUUUACCGCUCCUUAUGUGACUUAUAUAAACAAAGAUCCAGCAGCUCCUUGUUCACUGACAGAGGCACUUGAACACUUCCAAGUACAAAGCCUGGAUGAACUCAUCCCCAUUAACCUAAAAGACACAGAGAUGCGUCCUCAGAAGGCCCCUCACAACAUCACCAUCGUAGCUGUAGAAGGCUGCCAUUCCUUUGUGAUUUUAGACUGGGCUAAACCUAUUCAAGGGGAUAUGGUAACAGGCUAUUUAGUUUACAGUGCCUCAUACGAUGACUUCAUCAGGAACAAAUGGUCAACCAAGUCUGCAGGAAACACUAAUUUGCCCAUUGAAAACUUGAAGCCAAAUACAAGGUACUAUUUUAAAGUCCAAGCGACGAAUCCUUAUGGCUAUGGACCUAUAAGUUCAUCUGUCUCCUAUGUCACAGAAUCUGAUAAUCCUCUACUUAUUGUCAGACCACCAGGUGGUGAACCCAUCUGGAUCCCAUUCACCUUUAAAUAUGACCCUACAUACUCUGAAUGCAGUGGAAAGCAAUAUGUGAAACGGACAUGGUACAGGAAAUUUGUCGGUGUUGUUCUUUGUAAUUCAUUGAGAUACAAGAUUUACCUCAGUGAUGACUUAAGAGAUACAUUUUACAGCAUUGGGGAUAGCUGGGGAAGAGGUGAAGAUCAUUGCCAGUUUGUGGAUUCACACUUGGAUGGAAGAACAGGACCACAGUCAUAUGUAGAAGCCCUGCCUACCAUUCGAGGUUAUUAUCGCCAGUAUCGACAAGAGCCCGUCUCAUUUGGACGCAUUGGAUAUAUGACACCAUAUUAUUAUGUGGGCUGGUAUGAGUGUGGUGUACCCAUUCCAGGAAAAUGGUAACUCUGCUGUGGUCUUCGUGUCAUUCUUAAGCACAGCGCACCCACCUGUGCCUUUCAAAUGACUGUCAUCAGAGGACUCUGAGCAGUUGGUUUGGAAGAAGAUACAAGAAAAAUACAUGGAAAGGAGGCAAUGAAGACCUAAUAGACAUUGAUGAAACUGUAUAGGCUUUUGUCAACCUAAGUCUAUGGUCCUGCUUGAUUACUCUGCUUCGGAGCACAGACAGGAGUCAGAUUUGGUGCCUGGCUUUCCUUCUCCUUGCCUUUAAAAGGCAUGGAGUUGUGGCUGUAGUGGGUGCUACCUGUGCUCAAUGAAACCUAAUAUAUUUGACUAGCCACGAAAAAUUGGAAUUGUGAUAUAUCUUGCAAGGAAUGACUUAAGCAUGCUGUGCUUGCAUUAUGGAAUGCUAACCACUUUCCACUGCUAUUAAUGGAAUUCUCUGUUACCUCCCACUGGCAGAGUCUUAUGCUUCAGAAUGUUACUAUGCAGUCAUGCUGUGUUUGCACCCAUGAAAACCAAUCAAGGUUACUCAAGACUUAUCCUGUGAGUUUGCACAUUGUUGGAUGAAACACCAGGUCAUAAUGUAAAUUCAGGUUUCAAACCACCACCAGUACUGUAUGCUUGCAGAAGUACUACUUACAACUGAAAUUUUCUUGUUGACUUUGAUAAAUAAGUCUAUGGGAUGAUGUUUUAUGUAAAAGGUGCUAUUAAUUAACAAAUCUAAAAAUUUUAUUCUGUGAAAAAUAUACUAUGCACAAUACAUUAACCAUGUAAAGAACCAGGCUUCUCUUCUUGUGAGUAUUGUUGAACUGUAAGAUGUUGAUGUUUGUAUAAAAUAGAAGAAUCCCGCA